UCAAGGACUCCUUCACGGGGCCUUCACAGCCCGUCAUGCGGGUGGUGCUCCGGGUGCCGAAAGAUGCUCAGUCGACCUCCUAUGUGGAAGGCUCCUUUAUGACCUUGGAGGCCAGCAUCCAGCCGGCGCUCAACUGGACCCGGAAGCUCUAUGUGGAUGAGUGUGUGGGCACCCAGAGCCAGCAACUGAACCAUUCCCAGAGGCUGUACACCCUCAUCUUCAACUACGGGUGCCUCUCAAUAGGCUCCAUCCCUGGCCAUUGGUUCCGGAAAGACAAUGGGACUGUGCAGUUCAGCGUGGGAGCCUUCAUGCUCCAAGAUGAUGUGGAUGAGAGUGAGAUCUUUGUCACCUGCUGGGUAAGCAUCUGGAGCUGGAGGAGGCGCUAUGGCCAUAGCAGGAAGUCCUGUUUCUACAACGCCACCUCACACAGCUGGCAAUUUGCAAACAAUGAGGGGGACAGUUCACUCUGUGAUUGCUGUGACUUUGGUUGUCCCCCCCCAAAGAAAGGGCAGCACAAAGAGUUCCCGCAAGAAGGGGAGUCCCAGAUGGUGGUAAUGGGACCACUGAAGGUCAGGAAACCACCGGCGGUGUCAUGGUUUAGAGCCUCCUGCAGGACACUGAAGGAGCUGCUGCUGGUGGCCCUGGCCUUCACGUGUGUGGCCCUGCUCUUCCUACUGAUCCUGAGGACCCUACUGUGGGCCCAGCUGCCCUGUCUUCCUGUCCGCAGGCAGAGCAGGCUGAGGAGGUCGAGCCUCACAAGUCUAGAGUCUCCGGAGAUGGACUUGAUAGUGAGGGACAGAUGCUCAUCUGGGGAGGAGAAUGAGGCAUCUCCUUCUACCGUAGAGGAAAGCCUGUAGCUGAUGGCAUUGCAGCCAGGAGAUACCUAAGCUCCGUGCC